AUGUGUAUUUUGUUUCCUAGAAAACAGAACGAUAUUGAAAAUGAUUUGAAGCAAAUAAAUGAUGGCAUACGCGAUAAUCACAAAACAGGAAGUAGGUCAUCAGAUACAUCACAAAGUCUAUCAUCUUUACCAUCGUCUCAGAUUGCGACACAAGCGGUUGACACUUCCAAUACAAAGUUUGCAACGAAUUUCUUUGCAAAUACGUCUUUUGCAUUCGAUGCACUUAUCAAUAUACUCAAAUAUUUGAAGAUACACGAACGUUCACGUGCAGCUUCCGUUUGUAAAUUAUGGAAUAUUGCAGCUAAAGAUACAACUUUAUGGAAAACUGUGCGUAUGAAAAAUGCAAAGGUUUCUGAUUGGGAGUGUUUUGCGGCAUCUCUACGCCGUGGUGAAACUAGACAUUUGGAUCUACGUAAAAUGUUAAUUGUAACUUCUAAGGCUGAAGAAAUGUGGAAUGACUUCCUGGAACAUAUUGGUACAGUUUGUUCAUUGGAAACCAUUGACUUAUGUCGGUGCUCGGCCCGUGUGGUUGAAAGUCUUUUUCUCACCAAUAAAAAAUUGCGCGUUUUAAAUGCAUUAGCAAUAAAUGAUGAUGUUAUAAAUUUGGAAAACAUUGUCUAUAUGCAAGAGCUGAAGGAGUUGCGCUUACGUACAAUUGAAGCUGGUGUCAUCGGAGGAGAACUUAAUCCAUUACAAUGUUUAGACAACCUGACCCAUCUCUCAAUAACCGCUAUACGUGGUCUCGGCGCAAAGGGUGUUGAUGUGUUUGGUGAACUUGUACAGUUGCGUUCAUUAGAAUUGGGUGAAUGUGGUGACUUUGAUUCAACUUUUGCGAAAGAUGUGUUGCCAAAAUUAAACAACUUAAAUCGUUUACGUCUGGAAAAUGGCACAAGUACUAAUUGUGAUACACUAGAGAUUCUAGAAUCAGUUGCAAAUCUGAAGCAGUUAACACAACUUGAAUUAGUAAACUUUGAUAUUCAACCCACUUUUGAUGAUAAACUGCGUCAGUGUACCAAUAUUAAAAAGUUGCUAAUCAUUCCAACAUAUAUUUCGCAGUCUGCUACAACAAAUCGUAUAAUGCUUAGUGCAGUUCAGAAAGUGCCAGAUACUUUAAAGGUGUUUACUUGGGGAGUUACAAUAGAAUUGCUUAGAGUAACAGCAUUAUAUAUGGAUCAAUGUAAGGAAACAAGCAAAAAGAAAAAAGUUCACGUUAAUGAACGUAUACCAGUUUUAAAACCAGUCCCUGGUGCUUUACCGGCACUUACAAAAGAUGAAGAAGAGGAAACAGAGCAUGUAAAUGAUGAUGCAGAUAAUAGUGAACUACCGCAGCUGGAAUUGUUACCUCUUGAUAAAAUAGAAGCCAUUAUGGCUGCAAAUAUGCCCAAUACAAAGUUCACGAUAGUAAAAAUGCCUUACAAUGCAACAUGCAGACAACAAUUGGUAGAGUAAGGAUAACAUAUUGAUAUAAAUUAUUUUCAUUAGCCAGCCAAUAAUAUAAUAAACCAACAAUGAAAUGUUUAGUCAAUGCCAAACACUGUUUGCAAUGAUUUUUGCGUUUUUAAGAGAUAACCGCUUCUCUUUCUAAAACUGUAUAGUUUUUGUUUAUUAUAUAAAUAAUUUAUUUUAUGUAAAAUCGAAGUAAAUUAAAAAAGAA